AUCAACAAAUGAAAAGCAAGAGAAAUAUGUAUGUGUGUUUCCAUUAUUUAAGGGAUAGAGAGAGAGAGAGCCCUGGUGGUGAGAUGCCAUACUGUUCAAAUAAAGCUGCCAUGUUAGCUAUAAAGUUUUCUGUGAGUGUCAGUGAUGGUGGUAGUAGUGGAGCUCGGCCAGUGUAACAAUCACCGUCGACGAUGGCUGACGUAAACGGAGUGCAGCCCGAGUCGCCUAGGAAAAGGCUCAGACAGGAGCCCUCCAACAAGGUGUCAGUGGUACUAGGGGCACAAUGGGGCGACGAAGGCAAAGGGAAAGUGGUGGAUAUGCUGGCAGGGUCAUCGGACGUUGUGUGCAGGUGUCAGGGAGGCAAUAAUGCUGGCCACACUGUUGUGGUUGGAGAUGCUGAGUAUGACUUCCAUAUCCUCCCUUCUGGCAUUAUCAACUCUUCUGCUGUGUCUGUCAUAGGGAAUGGUGUUGUGGUGCAUCUUGGUCAGAUGUUUGAGGAGAUACAGAAGAAUGAGACAAAGGGACUAAAGGAUUGGCAGAAGCGACUCAUAGUAUCUGAAAGGUCUCACAUUGUCUUCGAUUUCCAUCAGAGUGUAGAUGGAUUGCAAGAGCAGGAACGUUCUAAGGACAGCUCUGGCACAAAAAGUCUGGGCACUACCAAGAAAGGUAUUGGCCCAUGCUACUCAAGUAAAGCUGGAAGACAUGGGCUUCGCAUGGCAGACCUCUUGGGAGACUUCAGUGUGUUCGAGCAAAGACUAAGGAAUUUGGUCGACUCACACAAGAGAAUGUUCCCAGAGUUGACAGUGGAUGUUGAAGAAGAAGUUAGAAAGUACAAAGGUUAUGCUGAGCGAAUGCGACCCUUAGUUGCCAAUACAGUUGCUUACAUUCACAAGUGUCUUCAGGGUGAUAAGAAAGUGUUGGUUGAGGGAGCCAAUGCAGCCAUGUUGGAUAUUGACUUUGGCACUUACCCAUAUGUAACCUCCAGUAACUGCAGCAUUGGUGGUGUAUGUACCGGGCUUGGCAUUCCGCCUCAGUAUAUUGGUGAAGUGUAUGGUGUUGUAAAGGCUUAUACCACCAGGGUAGGUGUUGGAGCCUUCCCCACCGAGCUUGAUGAUGACAUUGGAAAGUUAUUGCAGAAUCGUGGAGCUGAAUUUGGAGUGACUACUGGGAGGCCAAGACGAUGUGGCUGGUUAGAUGUAGUGCUGCUGAGACAUACCAAUAUGGUGAAUGGUUAUACUGCUAUUGCUCUUACCAAGCUGGAUAUAUUAGAUGUAUUGAAAGAAAUCAAGAUUGGUGUUGGCUACUUGAAAAGAAAUGGAGAGAAAAUGGAACAUUUUCCAGCAAACAUGGGUGAGCUGGAGGACAUAAAAGUUGAGUAUAUCAUCAUGCCAGGAUGGCAGCAAGAUACUGCUCAGUGCCGAACUUAUGAAGAGCUUCCACAAAAUGCACGUAAUUAUGUUGAAAAAAUUGAGGAACUUGUCUGUGUACCAGUCAAGUGGAUUGGUGUUGGAAAAUCACGAGCCUCCAUGAUUACCAUCUUCUAGGAGUUGAAGUCUUGUAGAAAGAAAGUUGGAAAUAAGAGUCCCCCACAGAGGGCCUGCAGUGUUAGUGAAGUUGAGACAGAUAGUUUUAUGUAUGUUCAACAGAAAAGUUCACCUACGAAUUGAAGAUAAAACUCGGAAUUAAAUUAACGUGUUCAAGAUUUUGGCAGUUUCAUUUAAAACUGUGUCACUUGGGAGAGAAUUUCACACACACACACACACACACACAAAAACACACACA